AUGGAGAUGUCCGGGCUCUCCAUCAGCAGAGGAGGUGAGUUACGUUUCGGAGGAAGAGAGAGACAGAGCGAGAGGUGCAUUUGUUACGAGCACGCUGACCUGGUGGACUGCCGCGAGCGGGGGUUCCAGCAUGUUCCCAGGGGCCUCCCACACGCCACGUGGCUGCUGGAGCUGGGAGGAAACAAUCUGAGCCAGAUUGGCGCCGGAGCCUUCACUGGACUCUGGUCCCUGCGGGUGCUGGUGCUGACCAACAGCCAGAUACAAGAACUGCAACCACAGGCAUUUUUUCCGCUGUCCUUCCUGGAGAAGCUGGAUCUCAGUUGGAACCAGUUAACAUCUCUACCUGUCGACUUCUCAGCCAGUCUGUCUGCUCUCAGAGAGCUGCGACUGGAGCACAACAACCUACAUCACGUCUCUGGAUACAGCUUGGAGUAUCUGGACAACAUGGAGAAGCUGGACCUCAGUUAUAACCAGCUGGUGACGAUUGGCUCCGGCGUGUUCAGGGGCCUCUCCAGGCUUAGACACCUCUACCUGCACAACAACAAACUGACUGUGCUGCAGCAGGGGAGCCUGGAUAUGCUGCCUGGACUAGAGGUGCUCCAGCUGAGUAACAACAACAUCUCCUACAUAGAAAAUGAUGCUCUGGCCCCUCUCUACAGCCUGGCAGUCCUUGCUCUGGAGGGAAACAACCUGCAUCACCUCAAGUUUAAGACCUUGAUCAGCCUACAUACAACAGCUACACACAUCCAGCUGUCAGGCAACCCUUGGAGCUGUGACUGCGAUCUUCACCGCGUCUUCAGCAAAAUCCUGCACGUUCGCCACCUCCACAUCGAUGACUACAGCAACGUGACGUGCCAGGGUCCGCCGCAGCUGGCCGGGGCUUCGCUGGCCUGGGUGGACAGCCAGCUCUGCAUCGCCGAGACCGCCACCGUGCUCGUCAUCACUUUCACCGUGCUGGUCACCGUGGUGGCGGCUUUGGUGAUGGCGGAGAGGAACAGGAAGAGGAACGGUGGGAAGGACUGGGACGCCGAGUCACAGAACCAAACUUAGAGCCCCUCCGCCUCCUGAGAGGAGGAGGAUACCUAAUAAUAUGGAGACCCUGUGAGACUGAAAGGGCACAAAGGGACCACCAAUGUGAAAAGCCCAAUGUGAACAUAACACUCCUUUAAAACCCAGGUCUGGUUAUCUCAAAAGUGAUUUAAAAGGGAUACAGGUGGUUCA